UACCGGAAGUACGGUGUAGGGUGUACAUGUCGUGCUUGAGCAGUGGUUUGCUUUACCUAGUGAAGAAGUGACAGGCGUACAGGGGGGAGAAGUUUUUGUUUUUUUCUAGCUUCGCCUUCACCUCUACAUCAUGGAGGCUCAUCCACAUUUCUCCCGUGAGGAAAUCAACAGCACGGUGUGGGAAGUCCCGGAGAAAUACACACGGCUCAAACAGAUAGGGACCGGGGCGUACGGCUCCGUGUGCUCAGCAAUAAACGAGAAGACUAAAGAGAAAGUGGCCAUCAAGAAGCUCCACAGGCCCUUCCAGUCAGAGAUCUUUGCAAAGAGGGCAUACCGAGAGCUCCGACUGCUCAAACACAUGAAGCAUGAAAAUGUGAUAGGACUCCUCGAUGUGUUUACGCCUGCCUCAAGCCUCGAUGAAAUCCAGGACUUCUAUCUGGUGAUGCCUUACAUGUUUACUGACCUGUCGAAGGUGCGAGGUCAUCUCUCAGAAGAUAAAGUCCAGUUUCUCGUCUACCAGAUGCUCUGUGGACUCAGGUACAUUCACAGGGCUGGAAUCAUCCACAGGGAUCUUAAGCCUGGAAACUUGGCUGUAAACCAAGACUGUGAACUGAAGAUCCUCGACUUCGGGCUGGCUCGCAGUACCGACGCUGAGAUGACGGGCUACGUGGUGACCCGUUGGUACCGGGCGCCUGAGGUCAUUCUGAACUGGAUGCACUACACCCAGACUGUUGACAUCUGGUCUGUGGGCUGUAUCAUGGCAGAAAUGAUCAACGGAAAAACCCUCUUCAAAGGAAAAGACUACAUGGACCAGCUGACUCAGAUCAUGAAAGUGACUGGGGUACCUGGACCAGAGUUCAUACAGAAGCUGGACAGUCUAGAGGCCAAAAAUUAUAUCAAGGCCCUCCCUCGCUAUCCCAGAAAAGACUUCUCAACGUUGUUCCCCAGAGCCAGUGCAAAGGGUAUCGACCUGUUGGAGAAGAUGCUGGUUCUGGACGGAGAUGAGAGGCCCACAGCUGAACUAGCUCUGGAGCACCCAUAUUUCGACAGUUUGAGAGAGCCUGACGACUUUCCUGAGCCUACACCAUACGACGAUAGCCAUGACAACGCUACGUUGUCCCUGGAUGAGUGGAAGCGGCUAUGCUUCAGAGAGGUGAAAAGCUUUGUGCCAUUCCCACGGCGGGACUCCAAGAGGAAAAACACCCUGACUAUGUCUCCGUGACCUGAUGAACGUCUUGUAACUACUGAUACCCCAAUACACAGCCAAUGGUGCCCUUGUAUAGUCAAACCAUGGAUUCACUUCAUUUCUGUUACCCUGCAUAUGUUUAGAUAUUGAAUUAUUGAUGAGAGAGUGAAAACUGACACACUUUUUUUCUCACUUAUUUUUUUCUUUUUGUAAUGUACAGUAGUUUCCUAAGUGCAGAUUGCUCUUUGUGUUACACAUUCCUUAUCAGUGGUUUGUCUUCGAAUUUAUUGUGACCAAAUGUCACAUGGUUUAAUGUAAUAUUGUUUUCCAAUUAAACAAUAAGACAAGAUGUGUAUGAAAUUUUGUUUAUGAAGAAAAUAGUAAAUGUUCCUACCCAAGACAGGCUACACCAACACUCACAGCCAGAAAAAUAUCUGCAGAGGUGAAAAUAGCAAAAGAAAAAUCUAAACUGAACCCUUGUGGAUAUUUCCAAUAUAAGGCAGCGUUGUACUUGACUGGCUUGAUACAUUUAGAGGCUGCUGCGUGAUGUAUAUUAUUGCACUGAGGUCGUUUGUUAGGGUUCAUUCUGUGCCUGAUUCUGUUUAAUUAUUAGAAAUCCUGCACUGGAUUGGUGUUAUUGCUGCCCAUGAGACUUGUUUUAACCAUGUAACACAAAUAUGACAUUGGUCUGUUGCAUUUUCUCUGAGUAUGUGAGUGUGUGUGCAUGUGUGUAUACAGAUAGAAUAAACAAUUCAAUCCAUGA